UGAAUUAAAUAAAAUGGCUGAUAUGCACAACCAUGACCUUGAAAAGGAUCCUCUCGAACCUUUAAAGGCAGAAUAUUUUGAAGGAAAACACCUAUCUGCUCCUGUUCGAGAAAUCGAGGACAAGUGGAAGCUAUUGCCUGCAUUUUUAAAGGUCAAAGGUCUUGUAAAGCAACAUAUCGACUCGUUCAAUUACUUUGUCAAUGUGGAUUUAAAGAAUAUCAUUAAAGCAAACGAAAAAGUCACAUCCGAUGUCGAUCCUCACUUUUAUCUCAAAUAUACAGGCAUUCGUGUAGGCAGCCCUGAACGCACGGAUGCAGAUGUUGCCAAUCGUAGUUAUACACCUCAUGAAUGUCGUCUUCGUGAUUUGACAUAUUCUGCCAAUAUCUAUGUCGAUGUUGAAUACACUCGUGGUCGCCAAAUCGUUAAACGAAAGAAUGUUAUGAUUGGCCGUUUGCCUAUCAUGUUGCGUUCGUCUCACUGUGUAUUGACUGGUAAAAACGAAGCAGAAUUGGCCCGUAUGAAAGAAUGCCCCUUGGAUCCUGGUGGAUAUUUUGUUGUGAAAGGUACAGAAAAAGUCAUUCUUGUUCAAGAACAAUUGUCCAAGAACCGUAUCAUUGUCGACGUAGAUAAAAAAAAUAACAUUGUUGCUAACGUCCAAAGUUCUACACAUGAACGUAAAUCAAAGACGGCUGUUUUCGUCAAGAAUGGCAAGAUUUAUCUGAAGCACAACUCUAUUGCUGAAGAUAUUCCUGUUGCCAUUUUCAUGAAAGCGUUGGGUAUUCAAUCAGAUAAAGAAAUUGCUCAGCUUGUUUGUGGUAAUGAUCAUGAUUUGAACGAUGCUUUUGCUGUCAACAUUGAAGAAUCUUCUCGUUUGCGUGUAUUUACUCAAAUGCAAGCCCUUGAUUAUAUCGGUGCCAAAGUUAAAAUCAACCGUAAAUUAUCGACUGUCAAAAAAACAUUGGCAGAAGAAGCAUUGGAAGUACUUGCUACUGUCAUUUUAGCCCAUGUACCUGUAGAAAACUUGAAUUUUAGAGAAAAGAGUAUUUAUGCAGCUGUCAUGAUUCGUCGUGUAUUGGUUGCCAUGACAGAUCAAGUUCAAGUCGAUGACCGUGAUUAUGUCGGUAACAAGCGUUUGGAAUUGGCUGGUCAAUUGUUGUCCUUAUUGUUUGAAGAUUUAUUCAAAAAAUUCAAUUCAGACUUGAAGAUUAGUGCUGAUAAGGUGCUCAAGAAACCUAACCGUACUCAAGAAUUCGAUAUUUUCAACCAAUUGGUCUUGCAUGGUGAUCAUAUCACAAGUGGGUUCAUUCGUGCCAUUUCAACUGGUAACUGGGUAUUGAAGCGUUUCAAAAUGGACCGUGCAGGUAUCACACAAGUAUUAUCCCGUCUAUCCUAUAUUUCUGCUUUGGGUAUGAUGACACGUAUUUCAUCUCAAUUCGAAAAGACAAGAAAGGUUUCUGGUCCAAGAGCCUUGCAGCCCUCACAAUGGGGUAUGCUUUGUCCCUCAGAUACACCUGAAGGUGAAGCAUGUGGUUUGGUCAAGAACUUGGCUUUGAUGACACACAUUACAACAGAUCAAGAAGAAGAACCCAUUAGAAAGAUUGCAUUUGCUUUAGGUGUAGAAGAUGUCAACCUCUUGACAGGUGCUGAGAUGUAUUUACCCAAUACAUUUAUCGUCCUCUUGAACGGUAACAUUUUGGGUAUCACACGUCGUGUACAACACUUUGUACGCAGUUUCCGUCGUCUUCGUCGUGUGGGUCGUAUUUCAGAAUUCGUCUCCGUGUUUGUCAAUAUUCAUCAAAGAACAGUCAAUUUGUCUUCAGAUGGUGGUCGUAUUUGUAGACCAUUGAUCAUUGUCGAAAAUGGCAACCCUGCUGUUACACAAAAGCAUGUCAAUGAUCUUAUUGCUGGUAAACUCGUAUUUGAUGAUUUCCUCAAAAAGGGUCUUGUUGAAUAUGUAGAUGUGAAUGAGGAAAGUGAUUCCAACAUCGCAGUGUAUGAAAAGGACAUUAUACCACAAACAACCCACUUAGAAAUUGAGCCUUUUACUAUCCUCGGUGCUGUCGCUGGUCUGAUUCCUUAUCCUCACCAUAACCAAUCUCCUCGUAAUACUUAUCAAUGCGCUAUGGGUAAACAAGCUAUUGGUGCCAUUGGUUAUAACCAACUAAACCGUAUUGAAACACUGAUCUAUUUAAUGGUCUAUCCUCAACAACCUAUGGUAAAGACAAAGACAAUUGAACUUAUUGGUUAUGACAAAUUACCUGCUGGUCAAAAUGCUACUGUGGCUGUCAUGAGUUAUUCUGGUUAUGAUAUUGAAGAUGCCUUGGUCUUGAAUAAGUCUGGUUUAGAUCGUGGUUUUGGUCGUUGUCAAGUCAUGAGAAAAUAUGCCAGUUUAGUGAAGCGUUAUCCCAAUGGUACUCAUGAUCGUUUAGCAGAUCCUCCUGCUCGUAAUUCUGAUUUAUGGAACGAUAGUUAUGAUGCUAUUGAACCUGAUGGUAUUGCUGGUGUAGGUGAGCCCCUUGAAGCAGGCUCGAUCUAUAUCAAUAAACAAACACCUGUCAGUAGUGGUAUUGAUGCUGGUGUUCCUGGUGCUGCGCAAAGUGUUGCUUAUAAACCUGCUCCUCAACGUUAUGUUGACAAGGUGCUGUUUACAACAACAGAAUCAGAUCAAACAUUGAUUAAGGUCAAUAUUCGUCAAACACGUCGUCCUGAAUUGGGUGACAAGUUCUCUUCUCGUCACGGUCAAAAGGGUGUGUGUGGUAUCAUUGUGCAGCAAGAAGAUAUGCCUUUCUCUGAUUUGGGUGUUUGUCCUGAUAUUAUUAUGAAUCCUCACGGUUUCCCAUCUCGUAUGACUGUUGGUAAAAUGAUUGAGUUGUUGGCUGGUAAAGCAGGUGUCUUGGAUGGCUCACUUCAAUAUGGUACUGCUUUUGGUGGUAGUAAAGUAGAAGAUAUGAGCAGAAUUUUGAUUAGCAAGGGCUUCAAUUAUUCUGGUAAAGAUUAUGUGACAUCAGGUAUCACUGGUGAACCUCUUUCUGCAUAUAUUUUCUUUGGUCCCAUUUAUUAUCAAAAAUUGAAGCACAUGGUCAUGGAUAAGAUGCAUGCUCGAGCAAGAGGUCCUCGUGCAACGCUUACUCGUCAACCUACAGAAGGUCGUUCAAGAGAUGGUGGUCUUCGUUUGGGUGAAAUGGAGCGUGAUUGUUUGAUUGGUUAUGGUGCUUCUAUGUUGUUGUUGGAACGUUUGAUGAUUUCUUCAGAUGCUUUUGAAGUUCAUAUCUGUGAUAACUGUGGUUUGAUUGGUUAUUCAGGUUGGUGUCAAUUCUGUAAGAGUAGUAAGUUCAUGAAAACUAUGGAAAUACCCUAUGCUGCCAAAUUACUUUUCCAAGAAUUAAUGGCCAUGAAUAUUUCACCCCGUAUGAUCUUAGAAGACUCUAUUUAAAUACACUAUAUUACAUAAGACUGUACAUAAUAAAAAAAAACAAAAAAUUUUGCAUGAAUAACGG